GGAACCUACGUGUUUGUUUCUACCCGACGAACAAAACGUGAUGCACCUUCGAUGCUUCUGUUUUUAGCAUUUUCUUGGUUACCGUUUUGCCAAUGGACUGACAUCAGCCAGCAGAGAUGCUGCUGAAAGAUCUUCCCAGAGAGGCCCUGAUGCGGCCGUUGUCCAGGAAUGAAGUGGUGGGCAUGCUGCUGAGGUUGACCAUCUUUGGCGCAGCCACCUACUACAGCAUCAAAUGGGUUAUAGAGGCUAUGGACCCUACCUGCAAGCAGAAAAAUCAAGCCAAGAAAAGGGCAGAACUGCUGAUGAAGAGGAUUGGCGUUGAGGGGGUCAAACUUACUGAGUAUGAGAUGAACAUUGCAUCUCACCUAGUUGAUCCGCAAACUAUGAAGGUGUCCUGGAGAGAUAUAGCAGGUCUAGAUGAGGUUAUCAACGAGCUGCAAGAUACGGUCAUCCUGCCCUUUCAGAAAAGACACCUUCUAGCUGGAUCCAAACUUUUUCAGCCUCCUAAAGGUGUUUUAUUGUUUGGUCCUCCAGGAUGUGGGAAGACCAUGAUCGCCAAGGCAACAGCUAAAGCCUCGGGCUGCAAGUUUAUAAACCUUCAGGCCUCCACGCUGACAGACAUGUGGUACGGUGAAUCACAGAAGCUGACUGCUGCUGUCUUCUCAUUGGCUGUCAAAAUCCAGCCCUGUAUCAUCUUUAUUGAUGAGAUUGAGUCGUUUCUGAGGAACCGCUCCAGCUUGGACCACGAGGCGACAGCCAUGAUGAAGGCCCAGUUCAUGAGUCUGUGGGAUGGCCUGGAUACUUCCUCAACCACCCAGGUGAUGAUCAUGGGAGCUACAAACCGACCACAGGAUGUGGAUCCAGCCAUUCUGCGCAGGAUGCCCGCCACUUUUCAUGUUGGACUCCCAAACACAAGACAGAGACAAGACAUCCUGAAGCUGAUUUUAGCAGGAGAAAAUCUGAGCAACGCCAUUAAUCUGAAGGAGAUUGCUGAAAAGACAGAAAGUUACUCCGGCAGUGACCUGCGAGAGCUUUGCCGUGAUGCCGCCAUGUACCGAGUUCGGGACUAUGUCCGCAAGGAGCAGAUGAGGCAGAUUGCUCAACAGCUGCAGGACUGCCAGGAGGAGGAAAAGCCUGUGGAUGAGGAGCGGUUGCGGCCAGUCACCCAGCUGGACCUCCUCUUCGGCCUGGACAAGAUGAAGGAAUCUAAGCGAGCGACAGCCUCUAUGUUACCCAGUGUGUCGGAUGUUCCCCUGGACUAAACACCUAUUGUGCACCACUGAUGGGAAGCAAUCUCUUCUCUUUUGUCCACAGUGUGUUCCACCUCGCUGACCUGAAGUUCCUCCAACAUGUCAGAGGUGCGGCUGGACAAGCCAGCAAGCAGCCAUACUUCUCUUAAACUUUAUUUAUUCAGGCAGGGAUUGUUCUGAGCAUGCUUGUUUUCAGCAAAGCCCUGCUAAAUGUGUACAGUGACAAUUCAUUCAGAAAUCUACUGUCUCCUCCUACUGGAGAAGUCAGUGUUGUAAGAGUUUGUGCUGGAAGAGGAGAAAGCAUUUUUCAUAAACUUUACAAAUCAAUCUGGAAAUACUUCUAGUAAAACUAUAAACUACUCUACCAUUUCAUUAUAUGGUUUCAUUUAGUGUCCUAUCACUCACUUACACAUGAUGAUGACCAGAGGGGAGUAAGUGCGAUGAGUCAUGACUCAUUCAGAGUCUGGAAUCCAGACCAAUGAAACCAGUGCUGUGGUUCGAUUUCCAGAUCAACUAUGAUUUCAAUCAUUCUUUUUUGUGCAAGUACAUAUUUGAAUAACAAGUACUGAAAUUAUUUUAAAGUGAUAGUAUCCAAGUACUUUGGAAGAUACUUCAGUAGAUCCUGCUGCUCCCAAGUCCCAUUACACUAUAUCCUUUGAAAAUAGGUGUUGUGUGGUAGCAGGUUACCCAGUAAUGCGUCCAUAUUAUUAUCACUUUUCUCAGUAAUAGGUGUCCAGCAAAGAAGUCAUAUCAGUAUACAAACAUUAGCUAUCAUGUAUGUAUCUUUCUAAAAGUCAGAUUGAACAUUUUCUCUCUCUUAGUGAAUGUUAAAAUACUACAGUAAUUAGACUAUUUUCAAAGCUAACAAGAACAGUGAUUGUCAUCACUUUUUGCUUCCAUGAAUAUUCACAUCAUUGCACUCCACAUCUAUGUUUUAAUGCUUUGACUUUGUUGUUUUUGUAGAUAAGAGAGAAUAUUUGUGUAGCUGCAGUAAUGGGAUACUCAUCAUUUAAUGAGUCACUGCUCCUAAGGAGCAGUAAUUCAGACUAUUUCUUUUUGAAAUUACAAUAACAAGUAAUAGAUAAAUGUAUGUGUAUGUCGAUGAAGUGAAGUCACAAAAUGCAUAUGGCGAUGAAAAUGAAGAGCAGACAAAAGUAAGGCACAGGAGAAACAUAACAUUUGCAAGAAUUGCAAAAGAGCUCAACAUCUUUUAUUCCACAAAACAGCAAUGCAGCGUGUAUGCAGUUUUCUUCCCAGAGCUGUGAGUUAAUAUGUGUUGACAAAAACAGCUAACAAAACAAAAAUGCGAGUGUCAAGAGGAAACGGGAUCACCACUUCAACCCUGUAAUAGGAACCACAGCUGUAAUGAUCUGAGCCAAAGGCAGUAAUAAUAGAUGCUGUUGUACUGUAUUAUCUCAAAAAUCAUUAUUUAACUGCUAAAUGGCUAUAAUAAUGUACUUAACUGUUGUGUUACUGCUCAGUCCUCUCCGCUGUUAGCAGGUUUAUCAUAGUUGUUGUCCUGUAUGCAUGUCUGUAAAUGUUGAAGACAAAUAUGUUCAAGUUCAGGCCAUGACUUGGAAUGUGACCAAAUCUGAUUAAUGGUCAUCAUGCAUUUAAUGCUGCUCCUGUACUCGAUCAUUUUUGCACCAAAAAAGACAACAGCUUAUAUUUCAUCUUAAAAUCUAAACCAGUGUUCCAGCAGUUUCUCACAAAAGUUUUUUAGUGUCAUAUUUAUUGUGCCAUUAUCAUUCUUAGUGAAUCCCCACUGUUUAACUUUGAAUGUAUUUAUAAUGAACUUUUCAUGUCAUGCUCCGUACAUCAAACAACAACUGACAGCGUCGGCUGUCACUGCAUCACACGCAGGGCUUUUUGUGUCACUUACUUUUAUUCUCACUUAAGGAGAGCGUGGCUUGAAAAUUUGAGUACUUUCAAUCAGUUGUCAGUCUGUCAGUUUGAAGUUGUUGUCACAUGCUUUUCUGCCUCCCCUCUCUAUAAAAAGCCUCAUUAUUUGCCAUACGGUCACAGCAUGUGUUCAUGGUUCUGUCCCAUGCAGACUGAGCAUGCCAGGACAUGUUUGUCAAUCAAAGAUGACCACAAGGUGGCACUGCAGCUUCACUGCACUUGUAACUGAGGCAGGUGUUGCAGGCUGAGAUAUGGACUGUUCUCAUUUAGAGCAGUUUUAUAGCAUUAUGGUGAGACAAUGAAACAGAGAAGCCUGUGUUCUCGAUUGUUUCUUGCUUAUUGGUUUAUUUAGCAAUAUUUAGACAUCUGUUGCUCUUCAUUAGAGUACCUCAGGUAACAGUUAAAGGUCAAAAUGUUGCCAUGUAAACCAACAAUUGUGUCUCACUGCAGCUCACAGAUGUUAACCCCCAUUCUUAACAAGCGGUAAAUGCAAUAUCACCUCUAAAGUCAUUCAUCAGUUAUGUGGCAGAGGCUCCAUGGAUACACAGGUUUCCUUUUGCAGGUAAUUUUACUGUCAACUAUGUGUGUAUGUGGAAUAUGAAAUAUUAACUAUGUAAAGUGUAUUUAUUACACUGAAGAAAUGUUUUUUUUUCAACCAGCAAAACAUUACCUCAUUUAUUUCAGCAUGAAUUUCCACCACGUUGUCAGUCUUGUCCUUGUGUAUUAAAUGUAAUAAAUCUGAUGUCCAAAAUA